UGUCAAAUAUUUUCAACAAUUUUAUUUUAUUUAAACAAUCAGUCAUCAGUUUGUAGUUUGUACUAAAUAAACACAGUAAAAUUAUUAUUUAAAAUUUUUUUUUCAAACCGACAAUUCACAUUAUCAUUUGUAAAAAAAAAAAAAAAUAUAAAUAUAUUUUAUUUCUUAUCACUGUCAACGUCAUGCACAUAACAAUUAAAAACAAGUACAAAUGAUAUUUAAAAAUAUAUUAUCAACGAAACGAUGUCAGUUUAAAUGGAAAUUCAAUUGACAAUAGAGUGCCAGUGUUAUUUCAUGAUCAAGGUGGCACAUUCUCUUUGCGAUUGUGCUUGAUGACAGUCAUUACUAACAAGUGCUCUAUACAAUAAACCAAUUAAUACAAUUAACAAAUUAAUUAACAGGUUUGGUCUUAAUACUGGAUAUAUUAUUUAAAAAAUUAACUGGAUUAAAUUGUGUUAAAUAUUCAAGACAUAUUAUUGGAUUAAGUAUGUUAACAAUAUUAUCAAUAAUAACAAUGCUGCUACUUGGCAAUGCAUUAUCAAAAAAUCUUGGUGAUAUUAAUAAAAGUGAUAGUGAUAAUAAUAUAAAUAAUAAUAAACGUGAUUAUUUUAUGGGACCAUGUUUAAUACAUACAAAUCAAACAUGUCCAGAUGAUGAAAUAACAUUUUAUUUAUAUACAAGAAGAAAUCCUGGUUCCGGUUAUCAAAUAUUUGUUAAUGAUACACAUUCAAAUAUUGAUAGCUCAAAUUUUAAUAAAUAUAAAUCAACAAAAAUUAUUGUACAUGGUUAUAAUUCAAAUAUGCAUUUAGAUUCACUUGUUGAUAUUAAAAAUGAAUAUUUAAAAAAAGAUAAUUUAAAUAUUAUUGCUGUUGAUUGGCAUCGUCUUGCAGCAUCACCAUGUUAUCCAAUUGCUGUGCAUAAUGUACCACAUGUUGGUUAUUGUUUGGCACAAUUAAUAAAACGUUUAAUUGAUAUUAAUAAAUUAAAUAAUAUACAUGUUAUUGGAUUUAGUCUUGGUGCACAUGUACCAGCAUAUACAGCAAAUGUUUUAAAACCAUAUAAAUUAAAUAGAAUAACUGGUCUUGAUCCAGCAAUGCCAUUGUUUAUAACUGUUGGUAAAGAUGAUAAAUUAGACUCAAGUGAUGCUAAAUUUGUUGAUGUUUUUCAUACAAAUGCAUUUAUACAAGGAAAAGUUGAAGCAUCUGGAACUAUUGAUUUUUAUAUUAAUGGUGGUAUUAAUCAACCUGGUUGUUGGGAAAAAAGAAAUCCAUUUGGCUGUAAUCAUCACAGGUCAGCAGCGUAUUUUGCUGAAUCAGUUAAUUCAAAAAUUGGAUUUUGGGGAUGGCCAUGUUCUGGUUUAUUUGCAUAUCUUUUGGGUCUUUGUCCACCACGUUUUCCAGCUGUACUUGCUGGUGAUCCAGUUGAUCAUAAUUACAAAGGUUUUUACUUGGUUAAAACAAAAAGUGAAACUCCAUUUGCUAGUGGUUUAUUUACAGUUAACAGUGAUGAAAAAUUGUGAUGGAUUAUGAAAAAAAAAAUAUAAAAAAAGCCACGAAAGAACAAAUAGAAAAAAAGAAAAAUAGAGCAAAUGUUAUUGACUGUAAAUGAUCAUUUGUUUUUUAAAUUGUAUUAUUUUUUUUUUUCACAUUAUAUUUUAAUUAUUUCAAGUAUAAAAAUAAUAUAUUAGUGAUAUUAUUUAAAAAUAUAAAAUGCCAAAGUAUUGUUGUAAUUUAUAUUUGUAUUUUAAUUUUUUUUUUUAAAUUUACAAUUAUUAUUCAAUGUUGUUAAUAAAUUACUGACUGAGAAUAAAUAAA